AUAGAAAUAAAAUUAAUAAAGCAAACAAUAAUAUAUUGCAAAAAACUGAAAAAUAUUCCAAAAAUAAUGUCUCACAUUAUUUGGAUCCAAUUCUAAAAAUAUCUAAAUUUAAACGAAUACGGAAGAACAGGGAAAAAAGGGACAGAAUCCGAAUUAAUUGGGUUUUUGUCUGUGAAGAUCGAACAUAUGUGAACUUGCUAGAACUAUUGAAUAUUUUGUCAAACAAAAAUUAUGAAGACGAUAUGUACCUGGGCCAUGCAUUGUACGAUAGAGAGGCAUCCAUCAUACAUCAUUUUGCUUUUAUGCAAGAUCCCACCGUGUUCAAAUACCCACACAUCGGUGCAGGCAUGGCUUUGUCGAGAAAACUUGUUAGCAGUAUAAACCAAAAAUUAUCUCGGCAUCCAAUCCAAAAUGACUUCUCGAUAGAUGCAUCCCAUGAAUUAAGUCUCUUUAUAUUGGAUAUAACGAAACUAAUACACGUGAAAGAAUUCUGCUCUAAGAAGAACGAAAUUGAAAACUGCGCAACUUUUCCUAGACCGUUCGAGACUUGUGGCCAUAUGGUUUCGCAAGCGGCACUAUAUUUUGCCGUGAAACAUCGAGAGUUCCAUAAGGAGAGACUGCCGGUUGUAAAAAGCACGUGGGGAGAUAAAGCACAAAAUGUGAUAUACUUCAGCGAAAAGCAAGAUAACUCUAUUCCCACCGUUGGCCUCGAUAUUCCAAACACAGAAGCUGGUCAUUGUUUGAAAACUAUGACAAUUUUCAGAAAAAUUUUAAGCGAGAUUAAAGAUGGGAAAAAGAAGUUUAUAAAGUGGAUUAUUUUAGCUGACGAUGAUACCAUAUUAAGUGUUUCAAGAAUGCGAGAGCUGUUAAGUUGCUACAAUCACACGAAGUCUUCAGUAAUUGGAGAAAGAUAUGGUUAUGUCUUACAUUCUAAAGAGGGGUAUAAUUAUAUAACAGGUGGCGGUGGAAUGGCGCUAACAGUAUCUUUAUUAGAGAAAAUUUUAAACAAAUGUAAAUGUCCAAGUCCAAAAAGUCCAGACGACAUGCUUCUUGGCUUGUGUCUCACCAGGUUAAAGGAUGUGGAAAUAAUUCACUCACCUUACUUUCAUCAGGCGAGGCCAGUCGACUAUGCUCCCGAAUAUUUGAAAAGUUCGCAGCAAAUAUCGUUUCACAAACACUGGAUGAUAGAUCCUUUGAAAGUCUACGAGCAGUGGUUCCAAAACGCUGAUUUGCAAAUGAUCAAAGAGGACAGGACGCAUAUUGAAUUAUAGCGCGAACUGUGAAUAUGUGAUUAAUUG